AUGGACGAAAAAAAUCCAGAGAUCGACCAUGUCGAACACAAAGCCGAACCCGUCGAGCAUGUCGAAGACCUCAAGAAGCCAGUCGAUACCACGGUUGAUGGUGCUGUUUCCCACGAGAUUGAAGUGCUGAGGUCGAUGUCUGAUGAGGAGCUGGCCGCGGAGGAGAAGAAGCUGGUCCGAAAAAUCGACAUCGCCCUCAUGCCAACACUCUUCGUCCUACUGAUCCUCAACUAUCUCGACAGAAACGCCCUCUCCUCGGCUCGAGUGCAGGGUAUCGAGAAAAGUCUCGGUAUGGUGGGCAACCAAUUCAACACUGCAAUCAGUCUCUUGUUUGUCGGCUAUAUUCUUGGUCAAAUCCCGUCCAACAUGAUUCUAUCCAAGACGCGUCCUUCCAUCUAUCUCGGUACUUGCGUCAUGAUUUGGUCACUGGUCUCGCUGUCUACUGGUUUCGUCAAGAACUACAACCAGCUCCUCGCCGUCCGAAUCCUUCUCGGUUUUACCGAAUCACCUUACUUUCCGGGCGCUCUCUUCCUCCUUUCGACUUGGUACACGAAACAAGAGCUCGCAUUCCGAACCGCCUUCCUGUACUGCGGGUCGUUGCUGGCUGGUGCUUUCUCAGGACUGAUCGCAGCCGGCGUCGAAAAUGGUCUGGACGGCGCAAGAGGCAUGGAAUCCUGGCGAUGGCUGUUCAUCGUUGAUGGAUCCGUCUCGGGCUUCUUUGCCAUAGUCUCCAUAUUCAUCCUCCCCGACUAUCCUGCCACCACCCUCUGGCUCAGCACGCGUGAAAAGGCCAUCGCAGUAUGGCGAAUGGAGCGAGACGGUGGGCAGAGGGAUGAAGAUGAUGAGGGGAUGUUCAAGGGAUUGAUGAUGGCCUUGACUGAUUAUCGACUGUACCUUCUUGCGAUCAUCGUCAUCACCAAGACGACUGCUGCGGCUGUCACCCAGUUCAUCCCUACCGUCAUCCAGACUUUCGAGUUUAACAAGGUCAUCACUCUCUUACUUUCUGCCCCGCCAUACCUUGUGGCUUCCGUCAUCUCGCUUCUCAUCUCAAGGCUAUCCGACCGUCGACCAGAGAGGUGCUGGCAUAUCGCUAUCCCUGUCGCGGUCGGCAUGAUUGGUAACAUUAUCGCAGUUUCAUCACUCAACACGGGCGCACGAUACUUUUCCAUUUUCCUCAUGUUGGGAGGUCUUUAUGGGUGUUACACUGUAUCCCUUUCUUGGAUCUCAACUACGUUCCCUAGACCUCGUACGAAGCGUGCAUCCGCAUAUGCCGUCAUCAACGCCCUAGGAAACAUCGCCCAAGUCUACUCCCCAUACCUCUACCCCUCCACCGACUCGCCACGCUACACUACUGCAUUCACUACCAACUCUGCCAUGACGGCUUUGGCUGUCGUGUUUUGUUUCGUAUUGAGGGCGAUUUUGAAGAGGGACAAUAAGAGGAUGGAUAGGGAGGAAAUGGAGGCGGAGGAGAGGGGGGAAGAGGGGGUGUGGAAGGCGAGGUAUGUUUUGUAG